CUCCGCUUCUCCCAUGCUUGCCGUCCGUCUUUUCCCCUUUGGGCACGACAUGUGUACAAACCAUGAUCGAAGCACUCCUUUCCUCUCCAUCCAAACGCCACAAUGCAGGCCUACCGCCCGCCUCGCAACGCUCCCCACCGCACCCUGACCCUCGCCCACCCCGCCCUGGGCUCCAUCGAAGGCAUUCUCCUGCCCGGCGACAAGGUAGUCCAGUUCCACGCCAUCCCCUACGCCACAGUGCCCGCCCGCUUCCAGCACAGCAUUCUUCUGCCCAGUCUGCAUGGCGCGGGAUCAUCUUUUACGCACCCCGGGUACGCGUGUCCGCACACGUUCACCAUGGACGACGUCCAUAGCGGCGGCCUGUAUCCGUCCGAGCCGGAGAUCGAGAGUGAUGAACUGAAGUGCUUGACCGUGACGCUGAGCGUGCCGCUGACGCUGCUGCUGUCGAGCCAUGGGGAUGGGACUGAGCAGGAGCGACGCAAGGUGCCGGUGAUGGUGUACAUCCACGGCGGGGCGUUCCACGUUGGCAAGGUGGAUGCCGUGCAUGAUACGGGACCGCUUGUAGCGCAGUCUAUAGACGACGAGCAGCCGGUAGUUGUUGCGAGUCUGCAGUACAGGCUCGGCGCUUUUGGGUUUCUUGCCACUCCAGACGGGGUGUGUAAUCUAGGACUGCACGACCAGAGGACGGGGCUGCAGUGGAUCCAGCGCUUUGUCGGUGGGUUUGGGGGGGACGAAGGGCGAGUGACGCUGUUCGGCGAGAGUGCGGGCGGCUACUCGAUUUGCUACCAUAUGCUCAGCCCUCCGAGUCCGGCGCCGUUGUUCAGCAGGGCGGCCAUCAUGUCUGGUGUCGUGGGGCCGCUGAUGGUUCCCGUGGCGAAGGAGGAGGCAGACACCGCUUUCCACGAGCUCUGCGAGAUCCUCGAGAUCAAAGAGCGCGGGCACGAGGCACUGACCGUACUCUCCGCCGUGCCAGCACAGCAACUCGUCAAAGCAGGCGAUAUUUGGGUGGAUCGUGGCAACUUCUGGCGCCCCGUCGUCGACCCCUCGUUCUUCGCCCACGACCACAUCACCUGGGACACGGUUCCCGCGCUGCUCAGCGCCUGCCCAUGGGUCUCUGCGCUGCUGGUUGGCAACACCGCGUGCGAGGGGAUCCCCUACCUGUCCGUCGCGCGAUCCCUCACUCCUCUCACGUUCCGAGACCACAUGCGCGGCGGCCUCAGCCACGAAAGCACUGCCCGCGUGCUGGAAACGUACGGCAUCACGCCCGCAACAGAUCCCAAUCUGUUCGUGCACGCGGCGACGCGCUGGCUCGGCGACGUCAUCUUCGACGCACCCAUCCACGCGCUCUGCAACCAUCUCGCUGUGCACGCAGACAAGAAAGUGUACAGAUACCUGUUCGACAUUGGAAACCCGUUCAUCGGGGCGCCCCAUUAUAAAGUGCCGCACCAUUGGGUAGACGUGUAUUUCCUGUUCCGCACGCUGCAGUUCCGGUAUCCGAGCGCAAAGUUGAAGCGCUUGAGUGAUCAGCAUAGUAAGAUGUGGGUUGCCUUUGCGAAUGGAGAGGCGCCGUGGGCAGAGUAUCGGGGUGGAGACGAUGGGAGCGGUGGCGCGGUGGUGAUGGUUGCGGAUGAAGUCGACGGCUGGACAGAGCAGCGUCUCAACGAUGACAAGAGAGGAGUUGAGAGGAACUGGACAAGACUUGUCAGGUUGUGGGAUGCGUGGGGUGAGAAGAGUGGGGAGAACUGGCUGCCGUUGCGGUUGGCGGAAGUCGUGGGACAGCAGACCAGCUAGAACGCAGUCGUGAACCAAGGGACUCCUGAAGUGUCGCUUAGUGGUGCCUCAUGGGGGCUAAAGCUCCGAUACAACAGCUUCAUCCUUCCAGUGGCGGAUGGCCAGUCCGGUGUCUCCGGUGAAGGUGCUAAAGAACGAAGUUGUACACGAAGCCGGCGGUGUGAAGACUGUGACUGUAGUCAUGUUUAAUGGUUUGGAAUAAACAGCUCAUGACCUCAAAAGUCGGCAAGACUGAGAUCGCGAGGUCAGGACCCGAUUUAAAAAAGCGCUGAGGUGAUUGUAGAUGAACAAGGCAAACGCUAUUGGCCUCAAGUGAUCUGGGCGUUCAUGACACGACAUAUCAGGUAUCCCUCACUCAUCCUUGGUAGCGCAUGUUGAAGAGUGCUUUGAGGCAAGGCUUACAGAACAGAUAUGUUGAAGCAGUGUCAUCG